AUGGAUAAUGCGGCACUUGACAUGUCGUUAAAAUCGCACAAGCCAAUGGACUUGGCCUACCAAGCCGCUCUUGGCCUUUGCUCUUCCACCAGAGACGAAGCCAAGAGUGCUGCUUCUGCAAUGUCUUCGGCGAUGGCGGGAGUUGAGUCGCUACCCCCCUCCUCGUUCUCCAGGCUCCACGAAACUCGACCCACAGUGGAGGAUCCUGUUGUAGAGCUGGUGGACAGUUACCUGUGGAGAAGUUUUCACGCUUAUGAAACGGAGAUGGUUAUCACGAAGAGUGGGAGGCGAAUGUUUCCACCGUUUAAGGUCAAGGUGUCGGGAUUGGAGAAGCAAACAAAGUACGUAAUGAUACUGGAGGUGGUUGCAGCCGAUGACUGUCGUUACAAGUUCCACAACAACCAGUGGAUGGUGGCUGGGAAGGCAGAUCCCGAGAUGCCUAAACGAAUGUACAUUCAUCCAGACUCACCGUCUACAGGCGAACAGUGGAUGCAGAAGGUCAUUUCCUUCCACAAGCUCAAACUUACCAACAAUAUCUCCGAUAAACACGGAUUUACUAUUCUGAAUUCAAUGCAUAAGUACCAGCCGCGAUUUCACCUGGUCAAAGCGAAAGAUGUCAUGCGGCUGCCUUACUCCGCCUUUCACUCAUUCUCGUUUCCAGAAACUGUCUUCGUUGCGGUUACUGCCUAUCAAAAUGAAAUGAUAACUCAGUUAAAAAUUGACCACAAUCCAUUCGCAAAAGGCUUUCGGGACACUGGUGGGGGAAGAAGGGAAAAGAAGCGACCCCUUGGCAGGACGCGCCUUCAUAGCCCCUCUUGUAGCCUUUACUACAACUUAACGGAAAAGCUCAAGAAUUCAACCCAGAGUCCUGACUGCUAUUCUUCUGACUCUGAGGCCGAGGAGAUGGAGAAGAGAUUCAAAGCCGACGCGCGAACGUCCAGCAGACACUUCUCGUCUCCAUUAGUCCAAUAUGCUUAUUUAACACUAUUUUAUCACUUGCAUUUGCUUUCGGUAGAUCACCAGAAGUCAAACUCGGGCCCACAUCUACAAACACCUAAUUAUAAACUACAAGACAGCAAUACCUGGGCUUUCUUCGAAAGGAAAAGACCUAGACUGCAACCUGAUAACGCGCCUUUUCUGGUCCCCCCGCCGUGGCUUCUGACGGCAACAUCUGCUCAAAGUAUCGCCAGCUUGUUGAGAAACAUUUGCCCUUGGGUAGACAGCCCACACAGCUUUACCUACGUUCCCAUUCCACCACCCUACGCCAUCUUCUCGUCUUUUUCGGGGUCGCUGGUCAGUACUCCCGAUGUGGACCGUUUGCAACAGCAACAGGAACAAAAACCCGAGAAAAAAGGCGGAAAUAACGAUGGCUCAGAUGACGACGAGGAAGAGGCAAGGAUGGCUGAAAGAGCGUCACUUGAGGUCUCUCCACCGGACAGUGCUCACGCGGUGCUUGAAAGGAACAUCCCCCACCUCAGCAACAGCAUCUUCUCGAUUUCUGCUCUCACUGCUAACGAGGAAAUGAGGCGCCGAAACCAUCUGGACCGGUCAACUCCGCCAACAAUUAUUACCUAA